AAUAUCCCAGUGUGUGCGCGCGCUUCCUGCCGAAUGGACUUCGCGGUGAAUGCGCUCCGGCCUUUAUGACGCGCGCCGCGCUCACGUUUGAGGAGAAUCCCCGACUUCAGACACACUACAAAAGAGACGCGCUUGCUCCUUUUAUGACGCGUCGAUCCGGAUUCCAGAAUGUCACUUUAGAACGCGUCUCGAUUCGAAUUCGAAUUCGGCUGGAACGCGGCGGUCACAGAAUCCGCUCUGCGCUAGGAGAGAAAUGGAUACCCGGGUGAUCGUUUCCUGCAGAGGGAUAUAAGUUUUGCCUCGUUCAUCACUCGAUAUUCAUAUCUACAUUACGUCAAGGGGGAAUAAACGGACUGUGUGAACGGCCGGGCCGGGGGGUAACAAUCGUUUGCAUUCACUGAAGCGAUAUUCUCCGCGCAGACGUCUUCGUGACUGCCUGUCCGUUUAUUCUGACCACUAACGGUGCUUCCGAAGCCUCCGUUUUCACAAUGCAGUUCCGGACAGUUUUGGAUGUAAAAGUGGUGGAUGUGGAGAAGAGGAGGAAUCCAUCCAAACAUUACGUGUAUCUCAUCAAUGUGACAUAUUCUGACUCCACAUCCCACAUCAUCUACAGAAGAUACAGUAAAUUCUUUGACCUUCAGAUGCAGAUACUCGACAAGUUCCCAAUCGAGGGAGGGCAGAAAGAUCCAAAAAAGAGGAUUAUCCCAUUUCUUCCAGGCAAAAUCCUUUUCCGACGAAGUCAUGUAAGAGACGUGGCCAUGAAGAGACUACGCUUUAUUGACGACUAUUGCAGAGCACUGGUGCGGCUUCCUCCACAGAUCUCUCAGAGUGAGGAAGUCCUGCGCUUCUUCGAGACCAAACCAGAUGAUAUCAACCCCCCUGUCGAGGAUUAUGGAUCCAAACGCAAGUCAGUUUGGAUGUAUGGCCUUCAGGACAGUCCAACCAAGUCUGAGGCCUCAGGACUGGACAGCAGUGAGCCCAUGGUGCUGGAGCAGUACGUGGUGGUGGCCAACUACGAGAGGCAGGAAAACUCGGAGAUCAGUCUGAAGGCUGGAGAAACGGUGGACGUCAUUGAGAAGAGCGAAAGCGGCUGGUGGUUUGUCAGUACAGCUGAAGAACAGGGCUGGGUUCCUGCCACCUACUUGGACUCUCAGAGCGGCACCAGAGAUGAUCUGGACCUUGGAACAUCUAGAUCUGGAGAAGUUACUAAAAGGCGUAAGGCUCAUCUGAAGAGGCUCGACCGGAGAUGGACACUAGGGGGAAUAGUCAACCGCCAACAGAGCCGAGAGGAAAAAUAUGUCAGCGUCCAGGCUUAUGCAAGUCAGGGAAAGGAUGAGAUCGGGUUCGAGAAAGGAGUAACCGUGGAGGUCAUCCAGAAGAACCUGGAGGGAUGGUGGUACAUCAGGUAUCAAGGAAAGGAGGGCUGGGCCCCAGCCUCGUACCUGAAGAAACUGAAAGAUGACCUUUCCCCAAGAAAGAAGACUCUUACUGGUCCUGUGGAGAUAAUUGGAAACAUAAUGGAGAUCAGUAACCUCCUCAACAAGAAGGCCGUAAGUGAGAAGGACAUUCAGACUGACGGAGAAGCCACCACCCCUGAGCGCCACAUCUCCAAAAGUGAAAUAAGUUUACCAAUGCCAUAUGCCCCAGAGGCUGGAGUGGCACCAACAGUCGUCACUGCUUUGGGAAUGAACUCUGGAUCUAGUGCCACCCUACAGGAGAACAAGAGCAGGGCCGAGCCAGGGUCGCCUGCCAUAGCCCGGGUGGCACCGCACAGAGUUGAGAUAGGAUUUGAUGCCAUAGGAUCUCCAAACCUCAGACAGAAACCUCCUCCUCGGAGAGAUGCAAACCUGGCAUUCCAGUUGCCCAAACCUCCAGAGGCCCCUACUGUGGAAGCGGAGUAUUACACCAUAGCAGAGUUUCAAUCCAGUAUCUCAGAUGGCAUCAGCUUCCGUGGAGGACAAAAGGCUGAUGUCAUAGAAAAGAACUCUGGAGGAUGGUGGUAUGUCCAGAUUGGGGAUACGGAGGGCUGGGCACCCAGCUCAUACAUUGAUAAACGUAAGAAGCCCAACCUGAGCCGGCGAACCAGCACACUCACACGUCCUAAAGUUCCACCCCCUGCUCCACCAGUCAAGAAACAGGACUCAGAGGAAGGCCCCUCUCUGGGUGGCUCUGCCUCCAAAGCUCCCGAGUCUCCUCAGCGUGUCUAUGAGGAGCCAGAAUAUGAUGUUCCUGCCCUUGGUUUUGACUCUGAGCUGGAUUGCAAUCCUCCAAAACCGAAAACACAUAACUCCCCAAAACCAGAGCCCCGUAAGUUUGAAAUUAAAAGCAAUCCAGCGGCUGCUGAAAGGAUUGCACAAGCUGGCAAAGCGUCGCCUUUAUUAAAAGUGAUGACCUCACCCCUGAGGAAAAGAAACUCUUUAGAGAAUAUCAACAAGGAGGAGGUGAUUUAUGAAAAUGAAGGCUUCAGGUUCUCCUCUGAUGACUUCGCCAGUGGAUGUGAUUCACAUACCCCAAGGAGUCUCACAUUGGGUCGCAAACCUUUCGGAUCCUCUUCUGGUGGAGGGAAGCCCCUUCGGAAGGUAUCGCCGGAUCUAAACCGAAGCCACUCUCUUGGCCGUGCUGAGAGACACAGCUCCAAGUUAUUUUCCGAUGAAUCAGCACGCAAUCCCAAAAGAGAGCCUGUCAUGCGUAAAGAUGUGGAGAUCCGGAUCGGUCAGAGUCCCUUAGCAAGGCCCAAACCAGUGGUGCGACCCAAACCUCUGCUUACAAAGUCAGAGCCACAAAGUCCUGAAAGAAUGGACAUCAGCAGCAUACGCCGUCACCUUCGACCCACCGGAAGCCUUCGGCAAGGAGCAAUUCGUGCAAUGCGUGGUGAAGACUCCGAGACAGCUUCUGUUGUGUCCUCUGAGGACUCCACUUCCUCAAGAAGUACCUCUGAUCUCUCCAGUGUUUAUUCAAAGGGUAGCCGAGGUGGAGAAUCCGACCACGAAAGUGUGCUCUUUAGGACCACAGAUGCCUAUGAACGAGCCCAGGAGUCAGAGCUCAGCUUCCCAGCUGGUGUGGAGGUUGAGGUACUGGAGAAGCAGGAAAGUGGAUGGUGGUUUGUUCGUUGGGGCAGUGAUGAGGGUUGGGUACCUACUUUUUACUUGGAGCCGAUUAAACAUACCCACAACGUCGGUAUUCAAGAAUCCCGUGAUAGCCCUCUUGUUGAUCUAGGAAGCACCAACAAGUCCAAUAGUCUUGAGAAAAAUGAGCAGCGUGUUCAGGCCCUUAACAACCUCAACCAGCAAAACCUAAGAAGCAUGAGCAACCCUAGCCCACCAAUCCCAUCCAAACCACCAGGGGGAUUUAGCAAACCAACAGCAAUGCUGAACGGCUCAAGUGUACGGAUGCGCAACGGUGUCCGUCAAGCAGCAGUGCGACCACAGUCAGUGUUUGUGUCUCCACCACAGCCCCUAAAGGAAACCAAUAUCCAUACAGGGUCUUUGAGGAGAAAUGAAUCACUGGGUGCCGGCGACCACUUGAGGUCCACAGGUGGCGUUCGACGAAACUCCUCCUUCACCGCCGUACGACCACAGCCCGUGACCGAUGUACGGGUGAGGGCUGGGACCACCAUUACAGCUCCCGCCGGAAGCUCAAGUCCAUUGAUUGCUCAGAGAAACGGGAUUCCAAUCUCUACAGUAAGACCCAAGCCCAUUGAGAAGAUGCAGCUCAUUCACAACAACCUUCGAGAGGUUUACGUAUCCAUCGCAGAUUAUCGCGGAGAUGAAGAGACCAUGGGUUUUUCAGAGGGCACUUCUCUUGAAGUUUUGGAGAAGAAUCCAAAUGGAUGGUGGUACUGCCAGGUUCUCGAUGGUUUACAGGGACGUAAAGGCUGGGUACCUUCUAACUACCUGGAGAGAAAAAAGUAAUUCCCCCAAAAAUGUUUUAAACAUGCACAAUUGUAAUCAACAUGUAAAAAGAUAAACUGACUGAAGGACUAUUGGUUUGAGAUGAGCGGGACAGAGCCUUUUAGAAAGGAGUUUACAUUAAAACUACAGAAAAGCAGGUGAAUGUUUAGCAAAAUACCUGCCAUAACUUUAUACCAAAUGGGUGCCUUCGAACAUCUUUCACUGAAUGUUAAGAGGAAUCGGUCAAAUACCAGUAAAGCAUCAGAAAAUACCAAACUUCAACUCAGUGCCAUAGGCCUACAAGUACAGAAAGCAACAAACUUAUUUUUGUUACAGUGUUAAAAAGAGAGAAAGAGAAUUUCAGCAUAGGUGCAUAAAAAAGUGCUAGUUUAAUCGUGGGCGCUCGAAAAACGAGAAAUUUCAAAACUAAACAACGAUUUUACCUUAGCACAAGUGCGUUCAAAGAAACCGAGCUUCGAUUGUCAUAGAAAAAACCAACAAAAAAAAAAAAACGUAUCUUUGUUAAUUGUUUUGUGUUGAUGUUUUUAUAUCUUCCUUAGAGAUGUAUUUCUGCUUUCUUGUAACAUCCAAAACAGUUCAAUCCUGAUCAGUCAUCAUUAUUUUCGCUGCUUUUGUCUCCCCCAUACUUUAAACCGUUGCAGGCCAAAUGAAUAAAACAUAAUAAAGGAAAGCAGUCUGUGAAAGCUACAUCCGCAUAGAUCACCUCACGUCCACCUCAUUGGGUUUAACCCCAAGUUUAGUUUACAAAGUGAAUCUGGUUAUAUUAGGAAGGUAGACAGCUGUUGCUGCUCCAUGUGUGCUAAAUCUGCUGCUUUUUUAUCUGCGGCAGUCGAUACUUUAAGAAAUCAGGACUGGAAAAUCGUAUGUUUCGUUAAGCGUUUUAUCCCAGGGAAAUAGUUACAACAUUGAGCCCAAAAUGUGAUCACACCAAAGAACAAUUACAGACACAUUUGCAAGUUUGUGUUCGAGUAAGUAGUUGUUUUAUGGGUACAAAAAAUAGUGUAUUCAACAAAACCUGAACGAGGUUUUAGAACUGAGAACAAAGUAUAUUUAAUUGCUAUAUCUGGAAGCACUUGAUUUUUUUUUUAACCCAAAGAAAAAGCACAUUAAUAUGCAAGGUUAAUUCAUUUCUAUGUUACGAUAUUGCUGGGCAGUAUUGAAACCUGACGUUACGCAGUAAAGCAGUAUUAUUUUUCAUUUUCUGUCGGAAAAAAAUCAAAUAGUUUUACGAACUUUAUCUAAGUCCAUAAUCUAAUUUUUAAUAGUCUUCAUAGAUGAACUCAUGAUUACUCCCCCUUUAUUUGUUUGAAUCAAAUUCAUUACCAACAGCAUCAAACACUUGAUGUUCAAGACUGCUGAAAUAUUUUUCUAAUGAAUAGUGCGAGCUUCUUAGCCGAGCUGCGCGCGACUUUUGUUUGAUUUCGUUUUCUGCUGGACAGUAUUUUAGUGUUAAACAGUUAUAACAUUAAUUACCUGCUAGAUCGCAGUUAUAUUCUAUUAAGCAGAACGGUGUUUAUUUCGUCUUUGUCUGUUUGUUGGUUGUUGUGUGAUCACACAUGGACAAUAAUGACGAAUGAAGUCGUUCAUUUGUUGUGAAUCAAUGCGUUUAAGCUUGUUUCUUGAACGCACUGGUUUAAAGAUGCAGUCUACUUGAUCAGCUUUUAAUUUAUUGAACAAUUGUUUUUGUUAUUUAUAAUUUUUUAUUAUUAUUUAAUAUUUGUUUUAUACUUCUGUCUUACAGAGAUGUCAUGUUAUUGUCAUGUAAUGCCUUAAACACUUGAUAGUUCUGUAGUAAUUGGCUACUGCUAUAUCCCGGGCUAUGUCUUUUUUUCCCCCCUACCAAGAUAUUUUUUAUGCAGACGUUAAAAAUUGUCUUGAAAUUGGAAACUAAUUUUUAAAUUGUUCAUACUUUCACACAAUUUGUUUUGCAUCAGGAAUACAUUUUCAGCUGAUUGCUGCACCUUUAGCAACUAUGGACACUUCCUUUUUCGUUAUUGAGCCACAUAUAAUGCCAGAUUAUUUAAAGAAACAAAUACAUUUUUUUUAUUAUAUUGUAAAAUAAUUACAAUAAAAAAAAAAAAAAUAAAAAAGAUGAUAAUCAAUUGAAGUUGUUAUUAAAAACCAGCAUUGUAAUAGGAAUGGUUAAAUAACAAACGACAUACGUUUCAUAAUUAAAAACACAGGGCUCUAUAGUUAAAUAAUACACGUGGAUCCCAAAUUGUGACUGGACCAAAUUUAGUUUGACUGUUUUUAUUUAAUGUUAUACUUUAAAACAAUGAAGUUACAGCAAUAACAGGAUUUUAAAGUUCUAAUUUGACUGAUUGUUAUUUUAUCUUUUGGUUUUAACGUUUAAAACUGAAAAUUAAGCCAUGAACCGAAGUGACGAUGGCAUUAUAGAAAUGUGUCGACUCACUACAGCGCAGCGCUUGUGAUGGAUGUUGCUAAGCUCCAUUAACACUAUGCUUUAUUUCUUUAUUUGCGCCUAUACAAUUUACAAGGGAACUGUUGAGUGUGGGACUAGUUCUUAUGUCAUAUUACUUGUGUAUCUGCUCGCUCUGUUUUAUGUGUUCUUUAUUUAUUUGAUUUUUUAAUGCUUUAUUAUUGUGUUUUUACUCUUUGAUUUCUUUCUCCUCAACACUUUUGACAUUACUCAGAUGGAAUGAGGAAAUGUGCAAUACAAAAACAGGCAUCUCUCCAGUUAAGAACGAUAGUAUGGGAACAUUUUUACAGUAUGUAUAACCCUGACAAUUUUAUGUCAAACGAUGCCUGGUUUUGUCCCAUCUUCCAAGUCAAAUUGAAAAUAUCAAGACGUUCAAUUUGUGUUUCAAUAUGUGUUGAAUGUUUAAAUCCCAUGAUAGAUGGACCGGCCAACCAUUACUUGAUUUCUGCAUUCACUUUUUUUUUUUUACCUAGCGAACCACAUCUUGCUUUAAGGGGUUUGCUGACCUUACAGACCCAUGGUGAAUCAGGAUGGAAAUAAUGAGAAAGCAUGGGCGUAUCUGAUUCUGUGAGGCAUUUGUCAGUUCAGCCUGUCAAAUCACAAAUUUGUGAUGGAGGGGCAAAUCCAUCAGUGUCUUUCCGAGCACCGAACCACACACUGCCAACCACACGACUUGUCUCUUUGACAUCCACCCCUACAUUCCCAAUACACUCACUACAAUGGCAAAAGGUGUCGCAUACUAUAUUAUUGUCAGUUUUCUUUACGAAUUUCAUUUAGCCUACUAACACAAUGCUUUUUGGCUGUAAUUUAACUCUGAAUCAGUCCAGGUUUAAUUUUUCCAGAACUUCCUGUCUGAGUUUAAGCUUUUACAUAUGUAAAUUGGAUUACAUGAAUUAUAGUUUUAAAUGUAGAAGGGAGAAUUUCACUCUGGUUGAAAAUGAGGAGGGUUACACAUGACUGUCUUGGAGUUUUUGUCAUGAGAAAAUUUUUUGUACUGCUUCAUCCUGUUUUCUUUUUCUCUUCCUCUUUGUGUGAUUGCAUGAGGAUAUUGAGAUUUUUCGUCAAUUGGAGUAUAUGGGAGAAUACAUUGGUUAUGUUAACAGGAUGGAAUGUUAGAUUUUGUGACAAACCAGCCUGUUCUCGUGAGGAAACAUGAUUAUUUUAUGUUUUGUCAGUUUAGUGGCUAAUUAAAAUCAGUUGUACAAAAAAUAUGAUAUUUGAUAUAUGAUAUGAUAUGAUAUUUUAAAAGGAGGUGUGGAACCCAACUCCGCCUCUAAACCCAACCGUCGUUGGGUGAGAAGCAAAUCGUACCAAAUUGUACGAAUGAGAUCACUCAAAUUUAUACAAAUUAGCCACUUAAUUAAAAAGUCACAAAUUGCUGUGAGAUCAUGUUGGAUAAGCUGUCAAAAAUAAUUACAAAUUUGUCCUAAGAAAAUUGUUUUCACAAGUUAGAAAAAAGUUUGAAUUUGUAUGAUCAUAUUUUUAUUGACUAUAUAAAAAUGUUUUUGAUUGUUUAGUAGUGAGAAACACUGAAAAUUUGUUUAAAUUUGAACAUAAUUUGGAUGUAAACAAAUAUUUUAAGAGUAUUGUAAGCAAAAAAGUUCACUUUUAGGAGUUCAUACAAUGUGAUCUCAGUCAAACAGACAAAAAUAAUUUAAAUCAACAAAACGACACUAUUUUACAAAGUUGUUAUUUUGUUUGUAUUUGAACAAAGUCGUUUGAUACAAUAGUCUUGUCUCAUUUUAGAGGCUUCAUCCUCAGAAGGAUGCAUUCGAAGGGCACUGCGUCUCACCAAAUAAAAAUAAAAUUAUAAAAAUAUCCAAGACUCCUUCAAAUACGGCCACCAAAUGCAUCCUUCUUUUCCCAGGUAAUGAAGGAUACAACUGGUGGAUCCUUUAUGACCUGAAACUCCCAAGAUUUAUUUCGGGCUGAUAACGGCAGGAAGUUUUUAAAAGAAAACUCUGGAUUACAGUUUUAAAUGUAUGAAUUAGGUUUUACUUUACUUUGAUAUCAACUGUAAACUGUAAAGUGAUUGUUUUGCCUUUAGAUCACUUAAUAUAAUUUUAAAAUUAAAAACGACAUUAAAAUUUUUAUUACCGCUUAUUAGCGGUAGCUGUUACGGUUUCUAGUUGAUGAGAUUCGUCCUCUGUAGGCUAAAUUGUAUAUUUUCAAAAUACUCACUACGGCCUAUGCGGACUUCAAAGGACUCUCUUCGGAAGUCUACAUCUUUUGGAGGAUGCAGCCUCUGAAAUGAGACACGGUAUCACAGUAAACAUCGACUUGUACACAUUUUAUGUAAAAUAGUUACAAAUUGCCAUGAAAGUGCGUUAGUUUAAACCUGGAAGAUACUUUAUGCUCUUGAAUCCGAAGAGAACACUGUUACUUCCCUAUUGUGGGGAAACUUGUUGUGUUUGUAUGGGGUAUGAUGUAUGGUGUGGUGGUUUACGUACAUGUUUUUUUAUGUUGGAAAGAGAAGGUGAAUCGAAGGAACGCUUGUUUAUGAUGUUAUAGCUAGAAGGUAGAAGGUAAUCCAGUCAGUUAAGGUUAGACAUAAUUAACCAGUUCUAAUGGACUCAAAGACCCGUUGUCUGUGUGAAAGGAAAUCAAGGCAUUUUAUAAUAAUUUGCACUUUUGGAAAAGCGUCCCGCUAGCGGCACUAGCUCAUUAUGGUGUCACGUCACAUUGUCAUAAUAGUGUUCAAGGAAACACUAGUUAUUUCAGUCAGAAAACUCACUGCAACUUAAUUCAAGUGAGCAGCUUUGUAUUUAAGGCCAUUGUUUCUCAAAAAUAUCUUGAGAAUACAAGCUCAAAAACUUGAGAAAUGGAUAUUCAUGUCACUUUAACUAUUAAAAAAAGAUUGCUGACAGAAUGUUAGUGUAAAAGUAUAGGAGUCUUCGUCUCCAGCACACCCACCGCAGUGUCAGGGGGUACAUGCGAGCGCUGUGAAAUCACAUUACCCGAGUGCUCGGUUAAUUACAGAUGCUUGAGACGGGGAGCCCUGAAUGCAAAUGUCACACUGAUUGUGGACGUGGAGCUGCCAGGGGGUUUGGAUCAGAUGCCGAGAUAGAUUGAUCAUGUCUCUAAUGGUUCACAGCAUGUCGAGAUGUAUUAACAUCAUCAAGAGGUGUCAUUCCAGCUUCCUGCGUCGGCGAAUGCCUUGAUUUACGGAGGCGUCUACAUGUCAUGUUGGUGCAAAACAAAGUCGUGAGGAUGUACGUGAUUGCUUGUGUCAGGAUGUUAUUUUUGUCUGGCUUGGGAAGGCUUCUAUUUUGUAUUUGUGCUUAAGAUAUUUUAUUGACAAGGGUGGUUCACAUCAAGGGUGAUUUAUUAUACUGAUAAAAAUAUAGUUUUCUGAAUUUACACUUCAGCAUUAGCAAUAAUGAGGAAUGAUUUAAGCCUAGUUUAAACUUCUGUGUCGAGUGAUCAGCGUGAACCAAUGGCGCAUGUCUUGCAUAUAGUCAUGCAUUUAUACUUCUGCAUGCUGUUUGUGUUGCUCUGCAAUAACACUUCCGAAAUACAAGCCGGCAGCAGAUUUUUAUGUUCCUCUGUGUCUAGUUUCUUCGCUGGUGUUUUUUUUUUUCUGAAAGCUAGAAGUAGCUCAAACUCAUUCAUUUUGAGGUGGGAACUGGCAGACGCGCAAUAACUUUAAUCAUAAGGUAAACAAAACAAAAAUUUCCAUCUGGAGCUCCUUUAUAGGACUCCACACUUGUAAACACUUGCUCUCGGUUCCGCCCACACUUGUCAGCGCUACCAAGCCAGCCAAUCACAGAGCUUGAGUAACGUGUCAUUGCGACAUGUAGUAACAUUUUUUGAGAGAUGCACCUCAGCGUCGGCAACGGCUAAGCCGAUGGCUGUGCAACCACACGCAGGCUGCACCGGAGCAUAUGGGUGCGCUUGACGCAGAAGUAUAAAUCAGCCAUUAGGUUAUGUUUUCAACUAGAAACGCUAAACUUUCAAGCAUUUUAGGCAAAAUGUUUAGGCAAUGGCGUUUUGGUUGAACUGGGAAUGCAAGUUUUUAAAAACGAAACUGUCUACAAUUUAAAGGCACAAUAUUUAAUUUUCGCCACUAGAGGCCACAUAUUCACAACAAACAAGACGUAGAUUGACCGUGUGGAAUCAUGGGAGUUGUCGUUUUCAUUAUGUUAUGGGACUGUUUAAUAAAACUAAACAUAUUAAAGUGUAUUUAACUAUUUUAAAACCGAACCAGAAAACGAUGAUGUGUGACGUCAUUAGCGUGGCGACAAAUUGCAGUCCAUUUCACUAGUUAAAAUAGCAAAUUUUUCCAGAUUUAAAUUUAAGAUAUUUAAUUUAAUUUAGAUAUAUAAUUUAACAUUUAAGAUAAUGCAAGUACAUGUCAGCAAAAUAUAGAAUGCUGUUGAUAGUUUUUGGAUAUUUUAAUUUAAAAAUCGCUCAUAUUGUGCCUUUAACUACAAAAAAAAAAAAAAAAAAAAAACAAUUUUGAGAAACUGGGACUUAAUUAAAAACACAAAGGAAAUCCGAAUCCAAAACAGUAUCGAAUACAUUAUCAUUCUUGAUGUGAACAGAUCUUUGCUUGAUUCAGUGUUUACAAAUGAGUGGAAAUUUCAUUAAACAUAACUUGAAUUUCAUUGCUAGGAAGUUUCGUAUACAAAAACGGUUAAAUUUGAUUAGUAAACAUUUUUUGGUAACCUUACCCUGGAUUUUAAGCAAGUAGGCCUGUUUUAGGCAUGGAUUAGGAUGGAGAAAGCCGUAUGUGUGUGUGUGAGCUGUGAUGUACUGUAUGAAGUGCUUAAAAGGAGUUGGGCAAGUUUUUGUUUUUUAUUGGAUCAUUUGCAUUUCUGAUGCAUUGGUGUUUGGCGUGAGGCAGCAGGGUGUGUUUAUGUGUUCACUUUGAAGGGAAUGGAUACAGAGAGCGAACAUGCUGCUGCGGUCCAAUCUCUUGCUGUUUUCUGUCCCUGUCUUCACUCGGCUGUCUGCACUAAUUAUCACUCCUCUCCUCUUAAUUAACAGCGAAGAAAAAAAAAUAGUAACAUCUUACUUAAAAGAGUGUUUUGAUGAGAGUCACUUCUCUGAAAGUUCAAUUUAUUCAGGGCUGCUUUCAUCACGCGCCCACUUAACAGAUUGCUGUUUGUGUGCAGUCUCAGGAGACUUUUGUUAUCACCUACUUUAAAUAUGAGCUUAUACAUGUAAAGCAUGUUCUUGGACAGUCUUUGAACUCUUCAUUAUAAAAAGACAGUCUUCAAAGAACUCCUCAAGUUAAUCUACGUGCAAAGUUUAAAUCUCAGACAGGAAGUGAAGAAGACAAUUAAAUAGUGUAAUGUUUUUCUGACAGACCAUUGGAUGUAAGGAACGCUUGGCUGGAUAUUUUGCAAACCCCCUCCAAUCAUAAGAUAUAUUAAAAUGGGUGCUCUUGGAACAAGUAAGAGAAAGCCUUGCAUUGGUGUUAUUCAGCGCUCAGCCAAAUCUACAUUUUGUAUGCAUUUCUUUGUAAGAUUUCAAAGAUCUACAGCUUCAGCUUUUUUAAUUUUCAGCAAUCUUUUUUUUUACUUUACGUUUUUUUUUGUACCUUUUUUAUGUUUACAUUGUAUCUUGCAUUGUCCUAAAGGAAAACACAAUAAAAUGUAUCCUUGUUCGUA